AUGGGAAAUGCCAGCAGACCCUUUAGAAGAAUUGCUUAUUUCCUAUGCCUUUUAUGUAUGCUUUUGCUGACUGAAGGGAAGAAAUCAGUGAAGCCAAAAUGUCCUGCCUGGUGUACUUGUACCAAAGAUAAUGCUUUAUGUGAAAAUGCCAGAUCUAUUCCAACCAGCGUUCCGCCUGAUGUUAUCUCACUAUCCUUUGUGAGAUCUGCUUUUACUAAAAUCCCAGAAGGGAGUUUUUUGCUCACACCGUCUCUGCAGCUUCUGUUAUUUACAUCAAACUCUUUUGAUGUUAUUAGCGAUGAUGCUUUCAUGGGCCUUCCUCAUCUAGAAUAUUUGUUCAUAGAGAACAACAGCAUUAAGUCAAUUUCAAGAAAUACUUUUCGAGGACUGAAAUCUUUAAUUCACCUGAGCCUUGCAAACAAUAAUCUCCAAACACUUCCAAAAGACAUAUUCAAAGGGCUGGAUUCUUUAACAAAUGUGGAUCUUAGAGGGAACACAUUUAAUUGUGACUGCAAACUGAAAUGGUUAGUGGAAUGGCUGGGCAGCACCAAUGCAACAGUUGAAGACAUUUUUUGCGAAAGUCCACCAGAAUAUAAGAAGCGUAAAAUCAAUAGCCUCUCUCCAAAGGAAUUUGAUUGUAUUAUUACAGAAUUUGCUGUUUAUGAAUCCCUGCCAUAUCAGUCUCUGUCAGUAGAUACUUUCUCCUACAUGAAUGAUGAGCAUGUGGUUAUUGCCCAACCUUUUACUGGAAAAUGCAUCUUUCUUGAAUGGGACCAUGUAGAAGGGUCUUUCAGGAAUUAUGACAACAUUACAGGUACUUCAACUGUUGUGUGUAAGCCCAUAAUUAUUGAGACUCAGCUGUAUGUCAUUGUUGCCCAGCUCUUUGGAGGCUCCCAUAUUUAUAAAAGAGAUAUUUUUGCUAAUAAGUUUAUAAAAAUUCAAGAUAUUGAAAUUCUUAAAAUCCGAAAACCCAAUGACAUCGAAACUUUCAGGAUUGCAGAAGACUGGUAUUUUGUUGUUGCAGACAGUUCAAAAGCUGGCUUUACCACGGUUUACAAAUGGAAUGGAAAUGGAUUUUACUCCCAUCAGUCUCUGCACGCGUGGUACAGAGAUACUGAUGUGGAGUAUCUUGAAAUAGCCGGCAAACCUCAUUUAAUUCUGUCUAGUAGUUCCCAAAGACCUGUAAUAUACCAAUGGAACAAAGGAACAACUGAAUUUGUUAAGCGUCUCGAGAUCCAAGAUAUGGAGGAUGUGUAUGCAGUGAAACACUUCAGAGUGAAAGAGGAUGUGUACAUUUGUUUAACAAGAUUUAUUGGUGAUUCCAAAGUAAUGAAAUGGGGAGGUUCAGCAUUUCUGGAUUUACAAAGAAUGCCAUCCCGAGGGUCAAUGGUAUUCCAGCCUCUUCAGAUAAACAAUUAUCAAUAUGCCAUUCUUGGAAGUGAUUAUUCUUUUACUCAAGUCUAUUAUUGGGAUACUGAAAAGGCAAAAUUUGUGAAGUUUCAAGAAUUAAACAUACAGGCACCAAGAUCUUUCACACAUGUUUCCAUUGAUAAACGCGAUUUUCUCUUUGCUUCAAGUUUUAAGGGAACUACAUUAAUUUAUAAACAUGUCAUAGUUGACUUAAGUGCAUGA